GGAAUGCGAGGAAUGUCCCUGUUUGUGUAGGACUCCAUUCAGCUCAUUGGCGAGCCCGCGGCGCCGGCAGCGUAUAAAAGCCGCAGCCGCCAGCCCCAGUCUCACACAACAACUCUUCCCGCUGGAGAGGAGGCCACCAGCGCCACUGCAGCCCCCGACGCCAGCCGCUCCGGCCGCCAGCCCUGCGACCACCGCGAACCCUGACCAUGUCCGCCGCCGGUCCCGUCCGCUUCGCCGUCGUGCUCCUGCUGGCCGUGUGCAGCCGGCCCGCCUCCGGCCAAGACUGCAGCGGGCAGUGCCAAUGCGCGCCCGGCCCGGCGCCGCGCUGCCCGGCCGGCGUCAGCCUCGUGCUGGACGGCUGCGGCUGCUGCCGGGUGUGCGCCAAGCAGCUGGGUGAGCUGUGCACCGAGCGCGACCCCUGCGACCCGCACAAGGGACUCUUCUGCGACUUCGGCUCCCCGGCUAACCGCAAGAUCGGCGUGUGCACCGCCAAAGAUGGUGCGCCCUGCGUCUUUGGUGGGACCGUGUACCGCAGCGGAGAGUCCUUCCAGAGCAGCUGCAAAUACCAGUGCACUUGCCUGGACGGGGCGGUGGGCUGCGUGCCCCUGUGCAGCAUGGACGUUCGCCUGCCCAGCCCUGACUGCCCCUUCCCACGGAGGGUCAAGCUGCCUGGCAAAUGCUGUGAGGAAUGGGUGUGCGAUGAACCCAAAGACCAGACGGUGGUCGGCCCAGCCCUGGCAGCUUACCGGCUGGAAGACACUUUUGGCCCAGAUCCAACUAUGAUUCGGGCCAACUGCCUGGUCCAGACCACGGAGUGGAGCGCCUGUUCCAAGACCUGCGGUAUGGGCAUCUCCACCCGUGUUACCAAUGACAACGCUUUCUGCAGGCUGGAGAAGCAGAGCCGCCUCUGCAUGGUCAGGCCUUGCGAAGUUGAUCUGGAAGAGAACAUUAAGAAGGGCAAAAAGUGCAUCCGGACCCCCAAAAUCGCUAAGCCUGUCAAGUUUGAGCUCUCUGGCUGCACCAGCGUGAAGUCCUACCGCACUAAGUUCUGUGGAGUGUGCACGGAUGGCCGAUGCUGUACCCCCCACAGAACCACCACCCUGCCCGUGGAGUUCAAGUGCCCCGAUGGGGAGGUCAUGAAGAAAAGUAUGAUGUUCAUCAAGACCUGCGCCUGCCAUUAUAACUGUCCUGGAGACAAUGACAUCUUUGAGUCAUUGUUCUACAAGAAGAUGUACGGAGACAUGGCAUAAAGCCAGAGAAAGUGAGAGACACGUGAACUCAGUAGGCUAUAACUUGAACUGAUUCGCAUCUCAUUUUUUGUGUAAACAUGAUUUCAGUAGCAAAGUAUUUAAAUCUGUUAACAGGGGGAGAAAGGAAAAUUCCCCCCCAAAUUCAAACUACUCUUCCACGUGACAUUCAAAUAGUCUUAUCAACCCCAGACACUGGUUUGAAGAAAGUAAGACUUGACCUUGGGACUACAUUAGUAUGGUAGGGGCAGAAUGUAUGGUAAGGUGUGGCCGUGAGCCAGUUGGGAGGGUGCCUACAAAAAGGCUUGUCGUUGAGAGUAGAAAUGCGCCUGCUAUCAGGGUGUAGUUGAGAAGGGACAUUUUCAGUUUGCCCACGGACCUGCCUGAACCUCCAGCCACAGCUUGGCUAUGCUUUCUCCAGCCAUCCUAAGGCUGAGACAAGUUCUCUGAAGUCGGAACAGCAGGUUCAGCUCUGACAUUCUGAUUCAAAUGACGGUAGUCGGGAAUCAGAAUCCUGUCUAAUUAGACUGGACAGCUUGUGGCAAGUUAACUUGCCAGUCACAGGCCAGAUUUUUAAUUGAUAUUGUAAAUACCAUGUAUAUAUAUAAAUAUAUAUAUUUGUACAGUUAUCUAAGUUAAUUUAAAUGUGUCUGUGCCUUUUUGUUUUUAAUGCUUUGAUAUUUCAAAUGGUAGCCUCAACUCUGAACACCAUAGCUAAGGAUGUCAAACUUGUUUGAUAAUUCAAAGCGUGAAAUGGAUAUUCAAAUGGAAAUUCUGCUCAGUUAGAGUGACAGUCCACCUAAAGAGUUUGCUAAAGGUGAGGCAGCUAGCCCUUGAAAGUCUCAUUUGUGAGUUGGAAAUGUGGUAGCCUCACUGGUCAUAAACAAAUGGCCUUUACUAAUAAGUGAGUGGCUUAAGAGGGCUGAUCAGUUUUUCCACCUGGAAACAUUUGUUUCUUCUUUGACUAUGACUGUUUUUUGGGCAGUUUAUUUGUUGAAAGUGUGACCAAAAGUUACAUGUUUGCACCUUUCUAGUUGAAAAUAAAGUAUAUAUUUUUUCUAUAAAAGACUUGUCUAUUCAUUUAUUCUCUAGACAUUUAUAAGUUUUCUUGGAUAUA